UGUCCAAGCUUGAUGAGUGUAAAAUUGUGCCUCAAAACCAUUCGCUUCUUGAAAAUGAUCUUAAAAAUGCAACGUCCUCUUUCUUACCAAAGAAAGCAAGUGACAACUCAAAUAUAUCUAACUCUGAGUUGCUGCCUUUUCUCCAGAAUUUAUGUAGUCAAGUUAAUCAUCUCCGUGUGGGAAAUAAGACCGAGUGUCAGGAAAACAUCACCAAGCAUGGCGAACGCAUUCUUGGUGUUGGAAUGGAAGAGCAACCUGUUUGCUCCUACUUGGAAAAGAUUCUUUCUAAAAAUAUGGAACUGAUGGAAAAGAAACUUAUGGAUUACAUUGACCAGCGAAUAUAUAAACUCCAGGAGCACAUUGAUGAUAAGAUUGCUUUGUUAAUGGAUUUGCUGCAAAAUCCCAACUCCCCGCCCACUGGGAUACCUCUGAGACAUUAUGACUCUGGAGAAAGACUUUCAAAUGGAGAAAGAUAAGCUCUCAACGUAAACAGUGUACUGCAGAUAUUUAUUACAUAUUUAUUACAAAGCCAAAACCCAAAAAUAUUUAUAAAAAGCAAGUAUUUAAUGUCCUUUGAGGGAUCAUUGUCUUACA